UUAUUUUGUUUAAUUAUCAGGCCACGUAUGCAAUUUCUCCGUGCCUGCGUAUCAUCUACCAUACUCCACCAGAUUAUCAAAAGUAUCUCACCUUGCCCGAAUCCACGGCUAUUUAAGGAGGCUCCAUCCGGUUCGAUCCAAUCCACUCGCACAAAGAAAAUAGAAAGCCGUGUCUUUGGCGGGACGAGCGAUUUUUUCAAAACCGCCCUUGCGGGAAAAACCUGGUUUUCACAUCCCCAAAACCCGCGAGCGAUUUUUUUUUCUACACCGUCCUUGCAGAUAAUAGCCUGAUUUUCCUAUCCCGAAAACCCGGGUUUCCGAUUACGAACCCGGUUUCCAUCAUGGAAGAAGGAUCUGACGGCCACCAACCGCCUUCCGAAGAUCUCUGCUGCUCUCACGGCGACGGAAGAGAUGGGCAAUGCAAGAACGAAGAGAUCGAUGAGCAGAAUCUCUGUCAGGAUAAUUGCCUGACAGAGGUUACAUCCACACAGGAGAAAAAGAAAACUAGGGCUAAGGUGGGGAAAGGAACGAAAUCUACGUCUAGGGUUUCGAGUGCUCAGUCGACGGCAGGGCCGAAGCGCGGGCGGAGGAAGAAGGUGGGAAACGCGAGCUCGAGGAAACGAAGCCAGGAAGAAAGUGAGGAAGAGGAAGAGGUCUUGCCGCAGAAAAGCUGGCGAGGGGAGGUGGAGAGUGCGGGAGAUGAGAGUACUUUGAGGAGACGAAACCGGAAAAAAUGCGAGGAGGAAGAGAUCUUGCCACAGAAGAAGCGGCGAGUAGAGGUGGAAAAGAUGGAGAAAGAGAUCUCGAUGAUGGAAAGGGAGGCGGAGACGGUGAAGGUGAAGGUGGAAGAGGAAGGAGGUUCUGCAGAUAGGGUUUUGAGUGCAAAAGAGGAAAACGUCUUGCCGCAGAAGAACUGGCAAGGGGAGGUGGAGAGAGCGGGAGAUGGGAGUUCUUCGAGGAGACGAAACCGGAAAAAAUGCAUGGAGGAAGAGAUCUUACCCCAGAAGCGGCAAGGAGAGGUGGAUCAGAUAGAGAAAGAGAUCUCGAUGAGGGAAAUGAAGGUGGAGAAGGUGGAAGAGGAAGGAGGUUCUACGGAUAGGGUUUUGAGUGCAAAAGAGGAAGGACAAUCUAGUGGUAGGACUAAAGCGUGGCAUUCAAGGCCGAAGGAUGAGGAGGGUUUUCCGAUGAUGGGAAAAGGUGGAAAAUUAAGCAACAUGUGCCAUCAGUGUCAAAGGAAUGAUAAAGGAAGGGUUGUUCGGUGCAUAAAGUGUAGAACUAAAAGAUUUUGUGUGCCAUGCAUCGAGCGAUGGUACCCAAAGCUGACAGAGGAAGACAUUUCAAAUCAUUGCCCCGUCUGUCGUGGAUUUUGCAAUUGCAAGGCAUGCUUGCGUAUUGCUAUGCGCAAGAAAACAGAAAAGCAGGUUAAUACGGCCAACAAAAUCCAGCAUUCUCGUUAUUUAAUACAUGCACUUGUACCAUUUUUGACGCAAGUACAUCAGGAACAAAUGAUGGAGAAGGAGAUUGAAGCUAAUAUUCAAGGGUUAGCAUCAUCGUCUGACAUAGAAGUUCAACAGGCAGUUUGUGCUCCCAAUGAGCGUGCAUUCUGCAACAACUGCAAGACUUCUAUUGCUGAUUUUCACAGAAGCUGCCCAAACUGUUCAUAUGAUCUCUGCCUUAGCUGUUGCCGGGAGAUUCGUGAAGGCAACUUACAGGGAGGUGGCAAACCGGUGGUUAUAGAUUAUCCUAACAGAGGGAAAGAUUAUUUACAUGGUGAAGAUUCUACUGACACUAUCAAACGGAGGAAAACAUCGGGCACAAAGGAGAAGAGCUCUACAAAUCAUAAUGGGCCAGUGUCUGAAUGGAAAGCUAAUGAUGAUGGCAGUAUUCCUUGUCCCCCAAAGGAAAUGGGUGGCUGUGAUGAUGGACUUCUUGAGUUGAGGUGUAUCUUUCGAGACAAUUGGCUUUCAGAGUUGGAAAGAAAAGCACAAGAAAUGGCUGGAAACCACAAAAUUGAAGUGCCUAAUACUUCUGCCCAAUGUUCCUGUUUUAGUAAGGAUGGACAAAUUGAUUUUGGUAAUGAGAACUUGCGUAAAGCAGCUUCCAGAGAAGAUUCCAUGGACAACUAUCUAUACUGUCCAACUGCUAGAGAUAUUCGAAGUGGAGAGUUGGGGCAUUUCCAGAGUCAUUGGAUCAAUGGUGAGCCAGUGAUUGUUCGCAAUGUUCUGGAGUUCACAUCUGGCUUGAGCUGGGAGCCUAUGGUUAUGUAUCGGGCAUUUCGUGAGGCAUCGAAUUCCAAGUCUGGUUUUGAAUACUUGGAAGUGAUGGCUAUUGAUUGCCUGGAUUGGUGUGAGGGUGAAAUUAACAUCCACCAGUUCUUCAAAGGAUAUACAGAUGGGCGACAGCAUCUAAAUAAUUGGCCUCAGAUGCUCAAACUGAAGGAUUGGCCCCCUUCUAACUUCUUUGAGGAGCGCUUACCACGCCAUGGUUCUGAAUUCAUCAGUGCAUUGCCAUAUGAGGAAUAUACAGAUCCAAAAUCUGGUCUUCUUAAUCUUGCUGUGAAGCUGCCAGAGAAAAGCUUGAAGCCAGACUUGGGGCCAAAGUCAUAUAUUGCUUAUGGUGUUGCUGAAGAGCUUGGACGGGGAGAUUCUGUAACUAAGCUCCAUUGUGAUAUGUCUGAUGCGGUGAAUGUUUUGACGCAUACCUCUGAAGUAAAGCUUAAGCCUGAACAGAUUUCAGCCGUAGAAGAGUUGAAGAAGAAGCAUCGUCUUCAAGAUGAAAGAGAACAUGCCUUUGCUGUUCAAUGGAUGAAGGAGAAGUCUGGCAAAAAGAGGACGGUACCAGUGGCGGGAAAAUCAGUGGCAGGGAUGGAUGAUCUCCAGUCAAAUGCUAUUGCUACUGAUGGUGAGUUGCCUCUAUUCCAAGCUUCCACUUCAAAAACUGGUCCAUCUCUUACCAUACCUGCUGCAGAAAAUACACAAUCUGAUGUCGGCUGUGAUGAUAGAAAAGGAGUUGCCAUUGCUUUUGACACAGAACCCAAAAUGAACAAGUUAGAUGUCUCAGAUGCAGGCCAAAAAGAUGAAUCUGCUAGUGCAUCUAGUUUCAAAGGUGAUAUGAAUGCAAAACUUGCUGAUAUCAAAGAAGAGGAUGUAGGAGAGAGUGGGCAAAUAGAAGGUAAUGGCACUGGUCUGUCUUGCACAGUGACUGCAAUUGAUAAACAAUCCAAUAAUGGCUUUGAUGUGCAGAAGGGAGGUGACAUUGUCUUUGAUGUUGAACCUAAACCAAGUGAGUUCAAUGUUAUGGCCGGGGGCCAAAAAGAUAAAGAGGUUGGUCUCUUUGAUUUCAAAGCUGAAACAAGUGAAGAGUGUGUUGGUACUGAAGAACAGAAUGUGGGUGAGAGUGCUUUGUUUGCUGCAAAAACUAGAUAUGUUCAAGAAACUGGUGGGAUUGGGCUUGUUGCAGGCAUCAAAAUUGGAAGCAGUGAUAAUGCUGAUGUUUUAAUUGGGCAAGCUGUAGGCAUCAAAACUGAACGUAGUGAAGACGUUACCAUGGAACCUGUACCAAUUGAGAUUGGUGUUGUUGUUGGAGGCCAGAGAGAUAAUGAUGGUGUUUCAGUUGGUCAACAUACGAGCAUCAAAAUUGGAAGCAGUGAAAAAGUUGCCACAGAACCUUUACCCAGCAAUGUUGUGGUUGGAGACCGGGAAGAUAACAAUGCUGGUGUUUCAGAUAGGCAACUUGUAAGCAUCAAAAUUGAAAGAAGCGAGGAUGUUGACACUCUGCAUGUACCCACUGGGUUCGAUCUUGCAGAUGGAGACCAAACAGAUAAAGAUUCUGAUGUUUCAGUUGGGCAAGUCAACAGCAUCGAAAUUGCAAGCAGCGAAAAAGUUGCCACAGAACCUCUACCAACUGAUGUUGUAGUUGGAGACAGGAAAGAUAAUGAAGUCAGUGUUUCAGUUGGUCAAGUCAUGGACAUCAAAAUUGGAAGAAGUGAGGAAGUUGAUACUCUACCUGUACCAAUUGGGCUUGAUGUUGCAGUUGGAGACCAGAAAGAUAAAGGUGCCAGUGUUAGUGUCUCUGAUUUGAAAGCUGAAACACGUAAUGAACUUGCUGGUACACGAGCCAUUGACACUCUGCAUGUACCCACUGGGUUCGAUCUUGCAGCUGGAGACCAAACAUAUAAAGAUUCUGAUGUUUCAGUUGGGCAAGUCAACAGCAUCGAAAUUGGAAGCAGCGAAAAAGUUGCCACACAACCUCUAACAACUGAUGUUGUAGUUGGAGACAGGAAAGAUAAUGAAAUCGGUGUUUCAGUUGGUCAAGUUGUAGGCAUCGAAAUUGGAAGCAGUGAGGACGUUGAUACGCUACCUGUACUGAUUGGGCUUGAUGUUGCAGUUGGAGACCAGAAAGAUAAAGGUGCUGGUGUUAGUGUCUCUGAUUUGAAAGCUGAAACAAGUGAAGAACUUGCUGGUACUGGAGCUGUUGAUGUUUCAAUUGGGAAAGUUCUAGGCGUCAAAACUGAGAGUACUGAAGGUGUUGAUAUUGAACCUGCACCAAUUGAGUUCAAUGUUACAGUUGGGGAUUGGAAAGAUGAAGAUGCUGGUGUCUCUGAUCUAAAUGCUGAAAGUGAGGAACUUGCUGGCACUGAACAGAGUGUGGGAGAUAGUGGUUUGUUUACUUCAAAAACUGGAGGCCUUCCAGAACACAGUGGGAUUGGGCACAUCACAGGCAUGAAAAUUGAAAGCUGCAAAGAUUGUGAUGUUUCAGUUGAUGAACAAAAGGUAGAAAAUGGCAAGUCGUGCUUCAAAGAUCAGCAGCUUUCCAUGAUGGAAGAGGUACAAGAGAGGCACGAGUCUGAAGUUACAAGUCGGCUUGGUCAUGUAGUCCAGGUUGAUCAGCAAAUGGUUAAUUUAGUCCCGGCGGAUCAGCAGCUUUCUAUACAAGACGAGUUACAAGAGAGGCACUGGUCUGAAGAUACAAGUGGGCAUCCUGUUGUAGUCCAGGCAGAUCAGCAAAUGGUUGAUGAAAUGCAGAUGGAACCAUCUGUGAGGAAAGGCAUGUUAGAGAUUGAUGGUGUUGGGUUGCUUGCCACCAAUGCAGAGUUGAACUGUGUUGAAUCACAUACCAUCGCCAAUGGAAUGUUCACUUUACCUGAGGGUUCUGUAACAGUAAAUGAGCUGUCUCAUGUGAUGCCUGCAAUUCAUCAACAGCCCGGUGAUGCACAAGAUGGAGGGGAUGCUGCUUCAUCUUAUAUUAUGACUGUACCCCCAGAAACACACGAGAUUCAGAAUGGUAGGGAAGAGGGAGAAAAUGGUUUUUCUGGUCUCCCAUCAGAAGAGGGAAUUGAUGAUAAUGUUGGGGGAAAAACUGGAAAUGAGAAUAAUACUCUUGAAGAUUCUGAAAAGUGUGCGGGGCAGAAGCAAGAUGGGGGUAAAAAGAGGAAGAGGGGGAGACCCCCAAGACGUAGCAACAAGUCUGGAUCCAAAUCGGCAAUGGUGGGUGCUGUCAGGAAAUUACAGAAUAAGGGCGAGUGCAGUUCUUUUUCUGAUCAAGUCGAUAGCUGCAAAGAAAUUGACACAGAAGGGGAUGAUGCUGUUAGGUCUGACAAUAUGGGGGAAAAAACAGGUAGUGGGAAUAAGAAGAGGAAGAUGGGGGUAAGAAGAGGGCAGAAGCAAGAUGGGGGUAAGAAGAGGAAGAGGGGGAGACCCCCAAAUUCUGGCAACAAGUCUGGACCUGAAUCAGCAAUGGAUGGUGCUGUCAAGAAAUUACAGAAUAAGGGAGAGCGUAGUUCUUUUUCUGGUCAACUUGAUAGCUGCAAAGAAAUUGACACAGAAGGGGAUGAUGCUGUUAGGUCUGAUUAUAUGGGGAAAAAAACUGGUAGUCGGAAUAAUAUGCCUGAAGAUUCUGAGAAGAAUGGAGGGCAGAAGCAAGAUGGGGGUAAAAAGAGGAAGAGGGGGAGACCUCCAAGGUCUAAAGAAAUUCAUACAGAUGAAGGGGAUGGUGCUGUUAGGUCCAAUAAUAAUACAGAAACUAGUGAAGCAAACAAGUCUUUGAUUGAUGAGGGGAAGGGGGGAAGUGGUUUCUCUGCUUUCCCAACAAAAAGGGGAAUUAAGGCCAAUGUGCGUAACAAAGCUGGUAGCUGUGGAAAUAUUCUUAAUAUUUCUAAAGAGAGUGCUGAGAAAGAGGAGAGGAAACCUCCAGUGAAACCUGUAGUUUCCAGCAAUAAUGCAGGAUCCGAUGAAAUGCCAGAUGGUGCUCUCUGGGACAUCUUCCGGAGAGAAGACAGCCCUAAGCUUCAGGAAUACCUUAAGAAGUACUCAAGAGAGUUCAGACACUUCCACUGUGCUCCUGUAGAGCAGGUCAUUCAUCCCAUUCAUGAUCAGUCCUUCUAUUUAACUAUGGAGCACAAAAGGAAGCUCAAGGAGGAAUUUGGAAUUGAACCGUGGUCUUUUGUCCAAAAACUUGGUGAGGCAGUCUUUAUUCCUGCAGGUUGUCCUCAUCAAGUCAGAAAUCUCAAGUCAUGUAUAAAGGUUGCGCUUGACUUUGUCUCACCUGAAAAUGUCCACGAGUGCUUCCGGUUGACUGAAGAGUUCCGUAAACUUCCCCAGGAUCAUCGCGCCAAUGAAGACAAACUAGAGAUAAAGAAAAUGAUUCUUCACGCAAUUGACCGAGCAGUGGGGGAUUUAGAAGAUCCUGAAUCCAACAGGAUCUCUAAUACUGAUGCACGGAAAAAGAACAAAGCAGUAAGAAAGAAGGGAAAUAGCGCUAAAAAGAGAAAGCGAGGCAAACAUUGAUAUAUGUGGGGGCCCCACAUGCACCAAUCACUGUGCGAUGAGGUAUUGCAGAUGAAGGCCAGAAGUCACUGACGUAUCAUCUUGAUCCACAACGACCAUCUGACAUCUUUGACCGUUGCUUCCAGCAUCAUCACCUGCAUCAUGAAAAGUCAAAGCUGCCUCCAAACAAGCUGUCCCCUACCGAAGCAUUCAAAUGCCGCGUUGAACAGAAUUAAGUUUGUCUCCGCUGCUGAUGAUAUUCACUUAGGUUCUAUGUAAAACUGCAGAAGCUGUUUGUAUGGCCCACCAUGCAUCUCUACUGCAGUCGCUUCCUAUUUUGUGCAGAAAGUGAGUGUUUGCCACAUCCCUUUUCUCAUUGUUUGUUGUUUGAACAUAUGCUGCGUGUUGAACAGCGGAGUCAGAUUUGGAAGUUUUUGUUAUUUUUAUUUAAAAUAUUGCUGUAAUAUGCAUGUUUGUAUCUCUGGCUAUUAAACUAUCCAUGGAAAAGAAAACCUCCUUUUUUGAUUUUGCUAUACAAUGGGAAAAGAG